AAGGAGUCCCGGCGCCCUGCCCCCUCUCGGCUCCCGAGGCGGGCGGCGGAGGGAUCCGCGCCGAGGGGGGGAAGGGGCGGUGCUGCGCCCGGGAUCACCUUGCCGGCGUGGGGCGGCGGCGCGCAGAGCGGCACUGGCUCUCGGCGGGGACGGCAGACACAGGAUUCCAGCAACAAUGUCGAAGCACCACGAUGCAGGGACCGCUUUCAUCCAGACCCAGCAGCUGCAUGCUGCCAUGGCGGACACCUUCCUGGAACACAUGUGCCGCUUGGACAUCGAUUCGGAGCCAACCAUUGCCAGAAACACCGGCAUCAUCUGCACCAUCGGCCCAGCCUCCCGCUCGGUGGAGAAGCUGAAGGAAAUGAUUAAAUCUGGAAUGAAUGUUGCCCGCCUGAACUUCUCUCAUGGCACCCAUGAGUAUCAUGAGGGCACAAUCAAGAACGUACGAGAAGCUACAGAGAGCUUUGCCUCUGAUCCCAUCACCUACAGACCUGUGGCUAUUGCACUGGAUACCAAGGGACCUGAAAUCCGCACUGGACUCAUUAAGGGAAGUGGCACAGCAGAAGUGGAGCUCAAGAAAGGUGCACCGCUCAAAGUGACCCUGGAUGAUGCCUUCAUGGAGAACUGCGAUGAGAAUGUGCUGUGGGUAGACUACAAGAAUCUCAUCAAGGUUAUAGAAGUUGGCAGCAAAAUCUAUGUGGACGAUGGUCUGAUUUCCUUGCUGGUUAAGGAAAAAGGCAAGGACUAUGUCAUGACGGAGAUCGAGAACGGCGGCAUGCUUGGCAGCAAGAAGGGAGUGAACCUGCCUGGCGCUGCGGUUGACCUGCCCGCGGUCUCUGAGAAGGACAUUCAGGACCUCAAAUUCGGUGUGGAGCAGAAUGUGGAUAUGGUGUUUGCUUCCUUCAUCCGCAAAGCUGCUGAUGUCCAUGCUGUAAGGAAGGUGCUAGGGGAAAAGGGAAAGAACAUCAAGAUCAUCAGCAAGAUCGAGAACCAUGAGGGUGUGCGCAGGUUUGAUGAGAUCAUGGAGGCCAGCGAUGGCAUUAUGGUGGCCCGUGGUGACCUGGGAAUUGAGAUCCCUGCUGAAAAAGUCUUCCUUGCCCAGAAGAUGAUGAUUGGGCGUUGCAACAGGGCUGGCAAACCCAUCAUCUGCGCCACUCAGAUGCUGGAAAGCAUGAUCAAGAAGCCUCGCCCGACCCGUGCUGAGGGCAGCGAUGUUGCUAAUGCUGUCCUGGAUGGCGCGGACUGCAUCAUGCUCUCUGGAGAGACAGCCAAGGGAGACUACCCGCUUGAGGCUGUGCGCAUGCAGCACGCUAUUGCCCGGGAGGCCGAAGCCGCCAUCUUUCACAGGCAAUUGUUUGAGGAACUGCGUCGUCUGACUCCCCUGAACUGUGAUCCCACGGAGGCCGCUGCUGUUGGCGCUGUCGAAGCGUCCUUCAAGUGCUGCAGCGGGGCCAUUAUUGUCCUCACCAAGUCUGGAAGGUCGGCGCACCUGGUGUCCCGGUACCGCCCGCGGGCUCCCAUCAUUGCUGUGACCCGCAAUGACCAGACUGCACGCCAGGCCCACCUCUACCGGGGCAUCUUCCCCGUCCUCUGCAAAGAGCCCGCCCAUGACUCCUGGGCGGAGGAUGUGGACCUCCGCGUGAACCUGGGCAUGAACGUCGGCAAAGCGCGUGGGUUCUUCAAGAGCGGUGACCUGGUCAUCGUGCUGACCGGCUGGCGCCCCGGCUCUGGCUACACCAACACCAUGCGCGUGGUGCCCGUCCCCUGAACGCCCGCGCCCACCGCCUUCCCCCACCCCUCUGCCCCCGCCAUAGCCCAGCCAUCGCUUGCGAAGUUCUCCUUGUCUCUAGAGUGGACGUAGGUUGCUAAACACCACCCAGAGCCGCAGCAGCAGGGGGAAGAGACCCCAAAUCACUAAAAUUAUACUUGAAGUAUUUAGGUUUUCUUUUUUAAACCUCUCCUGGUAGUGAAGCUCUGCCCCGACGUGUCAUGCUGCAGGGACCCCGGGCUGUCCGUGGGGUGUCCCGCUCCCUGCCCUGGUUCGGGUGCUGGGAAGGGGAGGCGAUGGAUGGGCUGUGCUGCCCUGUCUCUCUCCUUGCUGGAGCAAAAGCCCCUCCGAGCCACUUCCCCGACCCCGAUCCGGCCCGCUGAGCUGGCUGUUGGGGCUGGGGGUAGAAGGGCACCCCCCUCGCACAGAGCUCCCCGCGCUCCCGGCAGCCUCCCCCGUGUUGGUGUCCCCCGGUUCCCCCCCGCCCGUCACUCCCCGGGGCGGCAGAGCACGACUCCAUCAAUAAAGAGAAGCUGAAGCACC